AUGCAAAAAGCGCCGACGGCGGGGCUCGAUCCCGAGAUCGUUCAGGCGCUGCCGACCGUCACUUUCUCCCGCGAAAAGCUUCACGAAGGCUGCUGCGAGAGCUUUCGCGAGUGCGCGGUGUGCCUUGGCGAGUAUGAGGAUGGGGAAUGUGUCAAGACGCUACCAUCCUGCGGACAUAGAUUUCACGCCACGUGUAUCGACAUAUGGUUUUGUGCGCAUACCACGUGUCCCAUCUGCCGCUUCAACUUGAAACCCCCGAAACAUCCGAGCCAGCAGGAAGACUCUCAAGGUCGAACGUCGGAUGCAGGCGAUUCAGGCGAUUCAAGCGAGAGACAUGCGACGGCUAACGACGAGGAGGAUCCGUCGACAACAGUGAGUGAGACAACAGCGGAUAGCGUUAGCAUUGAGGUCGAAAUUGUUGAUAAUCUUCAGCAGCAGCACGAAAUUGUAGAAAUGGAUUCUUCAUCUGAAGCAUUGGCACGACCGCCAGUGGUACGAGCAGCAGCGGUUGCGGAAACAGGGGAAGCAGAUGCGUCAUCCGCAGCGGCGGCAGUGGGAACAGCAGGAACGGAUGCGUCAUGCGAACUAGCUGGGAUUAGGGUUCCAGCGGUAGUAGAAUCAUCAGCGAUACCAGCAGCAGCAGUAGUUUCGCAAAGGAGACGAACUGGAGAGACAGACAGAAGGCGUUUGCAAAGGGGGGACGUUCAGGAGGAUGAGGAACUUCAGGAAGAUGAGGAGGAGGAUUCAGGGUUGAAAGAGGGGAGGAGUGAUUGGGAGUUGGGGUUGGGAGGAGGGGAGAGCAGCGGAGGGGACAGGUUGUGUGUCAGAAUAGAGGUAUAA